GCUGCCCUCCACCACGCCUCCUCUCUGCACUCUAACCUUCCUCCUGGGUAUAUAUAGUCUGUGGGACUAUCACCCUUCUCCUGGCAGCCAUCAUGAAGGGUACAGUCUCGAUCUGCUGUUUCCUCUCCCUGCUGCUUUUGCAGGCCACAGCAGAAGAAGAAGAAGAUUUCACCUCCGUCCUCAGAGAUAGAUCCCACAUCGAUGAGACGCUGCGACUUGCAACUGAGGAGAAAGCAGGCGACUAUGCAGCGGCUCUACAGAGGUUGCGGAAGAUCUACCACACGUCCAUCAAGCCGAUGGAGCAGGCCUACAAGUACAACGAGCUGAGGCAGCACGAGAUCUCAGCCUACCCCGGACGAACCCUGGGGGACUCAGCCACAGACGGGGAGAUCACCUCCAAGCCCAUGGUGCUGUUCCUGGGACCCUGGAGUGUAGGAAAGUCCUCCAUGAUCAAUUACCUCCUGGGCUUGCAAGACAGCCCUUAUCAGCUCUACACAGGAGCUGAGCCUACUACCUCUGAGUUUACUGUCAUUAUGCAUGGGGAGAAGAUCCGCUCUGUUGAAGGGAUCGUAAUGGCAGCAGACAGCUCUCGCUCCUUCUCUCCUCUGGAGAAGUUUGGCCAAAACUUCCUGGAAAAGCUGAUCGGUAUCGAGAUGCCCCACAAGCUGCUGGAACGUGUGACAUUCGUGGACACGCCAGGAAUCAUCGAGAACCGCAAGCAGCAGGAGAGAGGCUAUCCUUUCAACGAUGUCUGCCAGUGGUUCAUUGACCGAGCAGACCUGAUCUUCGUGGUGUUUGACCCCACAAAGCUGGACGUCGGUUUAGAGCUGGAGAUGCUCUUCCGACAGCUGAAGGGUCGUGAGUCCCAGAUCCGUAUCAUCCUGAACAAGGCUGAUAACCUGGCCACCCAGGACUUAAUGAGGGUCUACGGAGCUCUGUUUUGGAGCUUAGCUCCCCUGAUCAAUGUAACCGAACCUCCGCGGGUCUACGUCAGCUCCUUCUGGCCAUACGACUACGCACCUGACACCAGCCGUGAGCUUUUCAAGAGAGAGGAGAUUUCCCUCCUGGAAGAUCUCAAUCAGGUGAUUGAGAACCGAAUGGAGAACAAGAUUGCCUUUAUCCGCCAACAUGGCAUCCGAGUUCGCAUCCACGGCUUGCUGGUAGAUCGCUAUGUCCAGACCUUUAAGGAGAAGAUGAGCUUCUUCAGUGACCCUGAGCUCGUCUUCAAGGAGAUCGUGGAUGAACCAGACAAGUUCUACAUUUUUAAAUCCAUCCUGGCCAAGACCAACGUCAGCAAAUUUGACCUGCCCAACCGAGAUGCUUACCGUGACUUCUUUGGCAUCAACCCAGUCACCAACUUCAAGCCGCUGUCCACUCAGUGCUCCUACAUGGGAGGCUGUCUGCUGGAUAAGAUUGAGAGGGCCAUCACCAAUGAGCUGCCUGCCCUUCUGAGCAGCAUUAACUCUGGCAAGCAGCCUGGCCUGUCCUCCUGCGAGGCUACCGGCUGUGGAGAGAAGCCAAAGAACCGCUACCGAAAGAACUGAGGAACACAAUAUAACUGGAGGGGAGGAAGUAAGGAGAAAGAGGAAGAGAUAGGGUCUGGUGGAAACCUACCCUGCUAUUGUCAGAACGUUUGUUGAGGAGACGGAGGAGACAAGAUUAAAGUUAGUUUUAUUCCUCAGGAGAAUACAGGGAGGUACAUUAGGGACUAAGAAUGAUGCCGAUAGUGGGAGGGAGGGUCAUCGUCUGAUAAGGCAGCUUAAGGACACAAACGCUGAAGAAACGACAACAUGCCACUGAUUACUGAGUUUGUUAAACACAUGACCUCCUCUCUCCACUGCACACAUUGGACUGUUGGGACUUUGGGGUUCGGGGAAAAACAAUGUCAAGAAAAACAGAAAUGGAAAAGAAUAAGUAAGAUCAAAUAAAAAUUUAAAAUCCUGAGACUGAAACUAGUCAAAUACCAGCUCCCUUGUAUGUGAAUAAAGCAGGAACAGUGGAAACAGAAAUCUGUGUUGUAAAAUCCUGAGAGUUGUAUCGCAGCAGGUCGAUUCCACGAGCUUCAGGAGAGGUUUUUGAAGUAGCCUAUGUGUCGGUGCUAGACAAAGUCUUGGUGUUUGGGUAGUCAUCCAAACCUUAGCUUUUAAAUAGAUUAACUUUGCAUGUUAGAUAUCACAUCUUAUUGAACAGAUGCAUGUAUUUUACUUCUAACAUAAACGAGUAAUAUCUCUUCAUGUACUGACACCUAAACCUUUCCUGCCACCAACCAAUCAGGCCGUUCUUAGUUUUUUAUGCAGUUUGGUUGUUGACAACCUGAGAAACUAGCAGAGGUCAGGGUUCAAGGCUCAGAGUCUUCGGAUCGCAGCGGGUUUGUUCUUCCUGCUUAACUGUUCUUACUGCUUUUCUUUAUGUCUAUAAAGUUGCCGGUCUUUGGCAGAAAUCCA